GCAAGCCAACGACGACCGCAGUGUAGACGAACCUAGAGCACACGACAGGCAAACUUCCUGGGUAGUAGGGGCAUUCCUGUAUUUUGGGUGACGUUGACUUCCUCCGUGAGCGACAGGAAAAGCUAGCAAUAAGCUGCGCUUUUGGGUUGUUCCGCCACACCAGAGAAAGGCAGCCGCUGCUGGAGGCAACAACCAAAGCGACGAUGAGCCUAAUUGUGAUUGCCGGCGUGCUGGCGGCUGGGUUGCUCUCUGUGGGAGCGUACAGAUUAUGGCUGAAAGCUACUGCCGACGACGACGAUGUAGAGAUCGACGGCACAAUGAGGACGAGAAUACGGCACGGAGGCUUGUGAGGCGCUGAUGACGAUCUCGCAUCGCUUCGGGUGUUUGUCGUAGAACAGAUUCUGAGCCUUGGUAAGGUCUCCCGCCACGACUAUUCCCAUAGGUGUUACAAACCGUUCAGGGACAACUGCAGAGCUUCCACGCCGGUUCAUGGGUGCAUCUUGGAAGAUACUGUGGUCCGUGACUUGUAGUCCAUGACAAGCCGAAAUGGCGCGCCAAAAGGGUGCCGCGGUGCUGCACCCGUAUUGGGGGUAGAGGCCUGACCGGUACGAUACUGUGUUUCCUCUCGGCCCCACUGCUGCAUUGCUGUGCGCCAGUGCUGUGUACUGUUGUGUGCCUAACGCCGGUGGAGAGAGGGGUACAUUUGCAUCGUGCGGUGGAGAGUGGGGGAACUUUUAACAUUGCCGGCGUGAGACUACAUG